CCAGUGCAGCCGCCUUUAUUACUGACACCUAUCUUGGUCCAUCAUGCUCGCAGAAGAUAUUCUCUGAAGCUCUGUCCAGCCGACUCUCCAGCACUUUACUCCACUUCUUCUGCACUUUUUCACCCGAUUCUGAACUCGAGGAUUGCGCUUAGGCAGCCGGCACACUUUGAGACCCUCUGGGUGUGUUUCUCUCUCUCCCAUCAUGAACUCCUCCGCGCUGAACCAGACGGACGGCGGCGGCGCGUUUCCCAACCGGAGCGCCGACGUGUUCGCCUGCUGUAAUUUCUCCUCGGUGGUGACAGACGAGGGCUUCUCGGCCACAGCGCCGGACGAGCGGACUCUCUUUGUCAUGCGCGUGGUCCAGAUCGCAGUCAUGUGCGUGCUCUCGCUCACCGUGGUCUUCGGCAUCUUCUUCCUCGGCUGCAACCUGCUCAUCAAGUCGGAGGGCAUGAUCAACUUUCUGGUGACGGACCGGAGGCCGUCCAAAGAAGUGGAGGCGGUGAUAGUGGGCGCCUAUUAACACCAUCUGCCCUUCAGCAGGGGGCAGUUACGCACGGGCACAGGGGCAGGGCAACGGCUCGUUCUGCCCCGCGAAUCGCCCCUACGGUCCCGUCCGAGUGAAGACGGAGGAAGUGCGGGACUCGCCGUCUGUCUCUCUGUCUGUCUGUCUGUCUGUCUGUCUGUGCACGCAGAGCGGCUGUCAGAUCUGUGUCUCCGUAAGCGCGCACGGACUUCAGCGCCGGUGUCCACCAGGCAGCGGGAAACAACACAAACUCCUUAAGAUGACCACCCCAUGGGUUAGAUUUCCCUUAAGAAAAGUUAAAUGACUCUGUAUGUGCCGUCUUAGAGUUUUCCUGUGUCAACAGUUUCACGUAAACGUCCAGUUGUUGCUAACUGUGGAGAUGGUCAGCUGGUCGUGACCGCUGACUGUGCUGAAACCUUCAGUUAAAUUCAUAAAACCAAUUCACGCACAAUUUAGUGAGAUAUUUAGUUUUCGUGGUUUGGUAAACGUUCUCUCUGUCUCACACGAGGAAAACCCGAGCAGAGGUGGUUAAUGAGCUGUGGAGGGUCCAGGCUGAGGCGUGGCGAACUGAAGGAAAGGUUUGAGGGAUUUCUUAUACAGCUCAGCCUCUUUUAAAUCACUAAAGGGUUCCUGAAGGGUUUGCGAGGCUGCAGAAGUCAGUGAUGUGUAGUGUUUGUUGUGCAGGCGACGGCGGAGCCGAGUUAAAGGUGCGCUGCAGCGCGGCGCUUCUGGACGCAUCAUUUGGCGAAGGCGCGCUGCGAAGACAGACGCGCUGUUUGUUGCGUGUUUAUAAUGUAUCAUGUUUGAUGUAAUAAACUGAAUAUUGGACAUCA